UUGGGAAGGUUACGGGAGCAUCCGUUUGAACUAUGCAAACAGACUUGAUGUAUUUCAAGUUCAGACAUAUCCUUGCAAAUAAAGUUGAGGUCCGCGGCGCCAAUAUUCACUGUGUCGGCGGCUGCAACAAGCAAACGUGCGUCAACGUGAUUUAGCAUUGGAACGGUCAUCUAUGUCACUGCCAAGCUGCACUGUUCCAAAUCACUCAUAAACGUUGAUCGGCGGCUCCAGCACUGCUUAUAGUUUUCCUCCACUACUACAUACCACCCAAUUCCAUCACAACUGACUGAUACAAGUAGGAGGUACAAACAUGAGCACCAUCUUCAACGGUGAUUCCCAGAUGGAGGUCAUCACUGUGCUUGCUAACUGCGGGACCGACAUCGCUAGGGCUAGGCAAGCUCUCACGAGGUACAUAGCACGAAAGCAAGAGAAAGGACGGUCGACAGAACACAUUUUGACAAAACUGCGACAACUGGAAUCGAAAUUCAUCAACGACACCACCUUGCAUGCCGCUUUUCGAGAUGCUAGAGCAAAUACCUGUCUUCCGCGAUCUCCUGAUCUACCCUUACCUGACUUUGUGCUCCGUAAAAUCAGAAGGGACAGUCGUCAGAGCCUGCCGGCGUUGCGAGACAUUACCACGACUGCAACUGCAAGUCCCGGUCCCUCUACCCCCAGAAGCUGGAUACAAUCGCCUUCUUCGCCCGUUGAACCUGAAGACUCUUACAUAGUAGAGGAGCAUCGGACACAACCAGAACAGGCUUCGUUGACGCGACAUUCACAGCCACCCACUAACUAUCCAGGAAAGUCACCCGUGCUUUCCCCGUAUGCCUAUCAAACCACCUCUGGUCGCUCUCGCUCCUCUACCCUCCCAUCAUCGAUACCAUCAUCAUUUACCCAUCCACGUUCUCCAAAAAAACUCCGAACUUCAUUCAAUUCUCCACCCCCAACUAUUCCUCUCCCCGAUCUUCCAACGGAUCUAAUUGACAACCACGACUCACGUAUCUCGCAACUGUACUUGCCGCCACCGGUCAAUUCUCGCCAUCUUUCGUUUAGCUCUCAGAGCUCUUCUAGCACGCAUUCUAGUUUUCCAAGUCCUCGUACACCCGAGAUUAUUCCAACACCGUGUCCUGGAUUCUCUUCACAAUCCACAGCAAUUGUUCGAGGCGAUGAAACUUAUCCAUCACAAAAGCCAGAAAAGUCGCCCCAGCGGCCACUCGUUGUCAUGGAGCAUUACCCUUCGGAGAUGGACAUUCCCAGCAUGUUUUCUCGCAGCCGACAAAGCUCUUUUAACGCAUCCGAGAGUCCAGGAGGUGACUUUCCCGUUGCGUAUCGCGAUUCACCUAUACUCCGCGAACGGUCUGCAAGUCGGGAUAUCAGUUUUCCGCUAGACAACGCUCUGAGGCUCUGUGCUGCUUCUCUAGUUGUUCGCCAAGAGGUGACCAAGUGCCUCCAGCAAGAUCGUGGCUACGAACAAUAUAACUGGCCAUCGGUCCUGCAGCAAUGCGAUAUGGCAGAAGAAGAUAUUCCAUUCCUUCUGAAUGAGAUGGCUCGGGAAGUGGAGUUCAUAUCCAGGUCGUGAUUUCAUGAUAGAAACAUCUUUAUUUUCUUUUCCGCAUAUCUAUGUUUUACUAGUGUUUCGCCGAUCCGUUGCAGUUGUAGAAACUCUUAUAUCUGUUUUGGAUUUAUGUGUGCCGUUCUUGGCAGACAACCCUAGCGAAUAUUUGGGAUGGUGCGCGCAGUUAAAGAUGUGUUAUAUUUGAGCUGUAUUUUGACUGUGUUGCAUGUACUCGUAGUAAAAAUUAGUUCUGCCAGCUAGACGCACCCACCAUAUAUUUAUUGACACAGAUUCUUUGUCCCAGUACCGAAUUGAUUCUCAAGAUGUUCAUACA